AUGCGAUUCGCUACGCUUCUUUGUGCUCUUCCCCUCAUCGGAUCAGUCUUCGCUGCUCCUACUCCUAUCAAGGAGACUGCUAUCGCUACUAGGGAUGUCGACGUUUUUGCUAUCGUCACUCAACUUGAAGCUGAUGUUAAAGCCGCUGGCUCCCUCAACAGCCUCUCUGUCGAAGCUGAAGUGACCGCCUGUCUCGAGGUCGUCGUUGUCGCGUUCAACAAAUGCGGUGAAGCUUUAGGUAUCGAGCUUGGUCUUGACGUUGAUGCUUAUAUUGCCAUCGGCGAACUUGCCAAGCGUGGAGAAGUUACAGAAGAAGUUGCCAAAAUCCUUGCUGGUGUAAUCGUCGAAGUCAACAUUUUGGUCGGUGCCAUCGCUUCUGAUGUAGCUUCUAUACCCGUUGUUGCCGCUCUUCUUUCCCAAAUCGACUCUGCGCUUUGCCUCAUUCUCAAAGGAGUAGAAGCUAUCCUGGCUGGAGUUCUCACAUUGGUAGCUGGUAUCCUCGUCGACCUCAAAUGUGUUCUCUCCCCUCUUCUCGGUGGAGUCCUUGGUCUCCUUGACGUCCUUGUAGGCGGCCUUCUCUCAGGUCUCCUCGGGUCAGUCGGUGGAAUCGUUGGUGGUCUUCUUGGUGGUAUUUAG